AACGUAGAGAUGGCAAAAUUCCGGAUGCUGCCGCGCACGUCGCGCAUCGUGGCGCUCUGCUCCGCCGCGAACUUCAUCAACGCUGCGGACAGAGUUAUCAUGCCCAUCGCCAUCGUCCCGAUGACCGACGAGUUCAAAUGGAACCUCUACUGGCAGGGGUGGAUACUCUCCGCCUUCGCUUUCGGGUACUUCACCAGUCAGAUUAUUGGUGCAAGUACAGCGAGCCGUUUCGGCUGCAAAACAGUGCUCAUGUUGGCGGUUCUGUUGUGGUCCAUCAGCACAGUUGUCACACCAUUGCUGGCGCAAUCAGUGCCAUUGCUCAUAGUCUGCAGAGUCGUUUUAGGGCUCGGAGAAGGGCUGGGCCUACCAGUAAUAUUUCACUUAUUCGCGCAUAACGUUCCAGUGGAGGAAAGAUCACGCGCCUUUGGCUAUCUCGUAGCGGUCGGUUCCGUCGGCCAGGUGACUGCCUCUGUUGUAUGUCCGCACUUGGCAUGGCAGACCUCAUUUUAUUUAUUUGGAUCGAUAGGUAUUCUGUGGUCGGUGUUGUGGCUGCUAUUGUAUCAGGAGACGAAUUCUCAAGACGAGAUACCAUUAUUUGUUCCUAAGGUAGCUCAAAACAGAAGCUUACGUUGCAUCGAGUUUGUCACCCACUGGCCUUUGUGGGCUCUGUACAUAGCGCACUUUGCAAUGAACUGGAGUAAUUAUAUAAUAAUGCAGUGGCUGCCAACUUACCUGGCGAGAAACUUGUCUGCGAACAAGGAGAGCAUCAGCUUGACGGCGUUUCCUUAUAUCGUUAAUUCCCUCGUUGGUAUUGUUGCUGGUCACAGCGCUGACAGUCUAAUACAAAAGAGAUGGUCUGUUUUAUCCGUCAGGAGAUUAAUGACGAAUAUAGGCCUAGUAGGACCGGGCGCGUUCCUCUUAGCUUUCUGUGCUGUAGAUAAUUUGCUUGCAGCAGUCAUCUUUGUUUCGAUAUCCAUGGGCCUCUGCGCGUGCAAUUCUGCUGGACAUCUUAGCAAUCACGCGGAUAUAGCGCCGAAUCAUGCGGGUAUUACAUUCGCAGUUUCAAACACAAUUGCAACGGUACCUGGAAUUCUGUGCGGUCCGCUGACAGCCGAAUUGGUAACCGCCUCGCACGGCUGGUGGAUGCCAGUCUUCGUGCUGGCGGCGGCGAUUAAUUUUACGGGGGCCAUAAUAUACCAGACUCAUAGCUCGGCGCUUCCAGUGUUGUGA